AUGUCUCCCCAGGACGCCAAAGCCAUCGAAAUUAGCUCGGGUUUGACACCCACCCAAAGUCAACUUCUAUUUCUAGGCAUCCUCUGCAUGGAGGCCCCGCUGAAAAUUGAUAUGGAGAAGCUCGCCGCUAUGACCGGAAACCAGGUCACCAGCGCCCGCUCUAACUUCAACAGGGCCCUCCGUAGGCUCAAGGAGGUUCACGAAGCUGGCGCAGUCAAUGACGCAGACAACAAGGGUAAAGGCGACUCCGGCACGGUACCCAGUGCUAGCAAGAAGGCCCCCAAGCCUCGUGUCAAGGCCAGCAGGGGUAGCAAGCGCAAACGCCAGAACGAGAAAGCCGGUGCCGGCGCCGAGGAUUCCGCGGACGUGGAGGCACUGCAGCCUGUACCUAGUUCUUCGGAUGUGGAGGCGUUGGAGCCUGUGCCUGAUUCUGACUAG